CGAUUAUUUAUUCAGAGGUCUAUUUAGAGGUCGCUAGCAUCUCAUUUCCAUCAGUUUUCCGUUAGGAGGACUCUCCUCCAAUGGAGUCAACAGACAUUCAAAUACCUUGUCUUUCUUCUCUUGGUGACUCUUCAUAUCUUCCUUGUAAUCCCCCUCAGACAUCAACAAAUAAGUCAUGUCCCUGGGCUACAUCAUCAACAGUUGUGCCUGUUUCAUUUGCAGAUGUUAUGAGUGAACAACUUAUCCAUUCACUCGUAGAGAAAGAUGAAGAAAGACUUAAAUCUAAUCAAGAAAAAGAAUCAAAAAUGGAAUUGUUGACAGACGAACCAGAUUGCAGUAGUGAUUUUCUUUUGGCUCAGAUGUUACAAAGGGAAUAUGAUCUUGAACAAGAUGCAGAAUUAGAAAGAAAAGAAAAGAAAUUCAAUGCAGGAAGUAAAGUAUCUGUUUCUUUCAAAAAUUAUCGACGUGUUCCUCAAAAUAUGAUAUCAGAUGACGAAAGUACAGAUGAGGACUUAGAUGAAACAAAACAAGAAGAUACGUUUGAAAUUGCUGAAAGACAAUCUCCAAUAGUUGGAAAAAAUGGAAUUAGUCGUCAAGGUAACACCAUAACUACUAAACAUGAUUUAGUAAGAUGUGCAAGAAGAAAUGCCCAUCGCUUAAUGGAGUUUCCUCCUGGUAUAAUUACUGGUGAUGGUGGAGGAUUUGAUAUGCAAUUAUCUAACCAUGUUUAUAAUAAAUUGAAAGUACAUUCAAUUAGUGAAGGUCGUCGUUCUCAUAAACUACACGACAAAAAAGAAAAAUCAACUGCUGAGCAAGCUGUUGAUCCAAAAACUUGUUUAAUUUUAUACAAAUUAGUUAACCGAGAAUAUUUAGAAUCAAUUAGUGGCUGUAUCAGUAGAGGAAAAGAAGCCUGUGUUUUCCAUGCAUUUGGAGGACAGAAUUCAGAGAAAGUUAUUCCUUCUGAAUGUGCUGUUAAAGUAUUUAAGACAACAUUAAAUGAAUUUAAAAAUCGUGAUCAGUAUAUUAGAGAUGAUUAUCGCUUUAAAGAAAGAUUUAACAAACAGAAUUCACGUCAUGUGAUUCACAUGUGGGCCGAAAAAGAGAUGCACAACUUGAAUCGAAUGAGAAAAGCUGGUUUGCUCUGUCCUGAAGUUGUCAUUUUGCAAAAGCAUGUCUUGGUGAUGUCUUUUAUUGGAAGCGAUUCUAGACCUGCUCCAAAAUUAAAAGACGCCAAACUUUCAACAUCCAGCCUAUCUGAUGCAUAUAUACAGACAAUUGAAAUAAUGAAACGAAUGUUUAAAAUUUGUAAUUUGGUACAUGCUGAUCUUAGUGAAUAUAAUCUUUUAUGGCACAAAGACCAGGUGUGGGUUAUUGACGUAAGCCAGUCGGUAGAACCUAAUCACCCGCAAGCACUGGAGUUUUUAAUGCGUGAUUGUAUCAAUGUUAUAGAGUUCUUCAAAAAACAUUUCCUUCCUAACAUAAUGACUGCCAAAGAUCUUUUUAAAGAAAUUUGUGGAAUUUCACUUCCUGGUGAAGGAGCCGAACUACUGUCUCAGAUUCAAAAUUACGAAAAAGAAGAAGAACUGCUUGCCCAUGGAAAGUCUGACAAAACCGAUUCGUUUGAAAUUUUAUUUGCAAAAUGCCAGCAACAGAGUAACGAGAAAUUGCAAAAAGACGAAAAUCCAAAUAGAAAACAAUAAAACUAUCGAUGCAUUCAGUUAGAACUAAAUAGCUAUCAUUUGUAAAUAACUGAUUUGUGAGUGAAUAUAUUUUAUUACCACAAAAGCUUUCUUAACACUAACAUUUUGAUCAUUGCUAAUCUAAAAUGUUGUCCAAAAUUCUUUUAUAUGCUGUUGAAUAUUGAUUUGAAUAAAUAUGACUGUUUUAUUGGAUUAAAAUUUUUAAUAUAAAAAUAUUAACAUUGUGCCCAUAAUGUACAGAGAUUAUUUCU